UUGCUAUCAUAGGUUGUUCUGCUGGGCUUGGAACCUUGUUGCUCGUCAUUGGAGUAUGGUGGUUGUACAAGUUCAUAAGAAAGAGAAAAGCAAUCAAGUUGAAGCAUAAAUUCUUUAAAAGAAAUGGUGGUUUAUUACUGCAACAACAGUUGUCUUCCACUGAAGGUAACAUCGAGAAAACACGACUGUUUACUUCAAAGGAAUUAGACAAAGCUACCGACAACUACAAUGCGAAUCGAAUCCUUGGCCAAGGAGGCCAAGGCACCGUGUAUAAAGGUAUGUUAGCUGAUGGCAAAAUUGUAGCAAUUAAAAAGUCCAAAGUUGUAGACAAAGUCAAGUAGGAAUUCAUUAACGAGGUGGUCAUAAUAUCUCAAAUUAAUCAUAGAAAUGUGGUUCAAUUAUUGGGGUGUUGCUUAGAGACAGAAGUUCCGAUUUUGGUGUACGAAUACAUUUCUAAUGGAACUCUCUUUCAUUAUAUACAUGAUGAGAAUGCGGAGUUUCCAAUCACGUGGGAGUUACGUCUACGCAUUGCCUUAGAUGUUACAGAUGCUCUCUCGUAUCUACAUUCAGCCGCUUCCAUACCUAUAUGCCAUCAAGACAUUAAGUCAACAAACAUACUCUUGGAUGAUAAAUAUCGAGCAAAAGUUUCAGACUUUGGGACUUCCAGAUCUGUUACAAUUGACCAAACUCAUUUGACCACUCAAGUACAUGGAACCUUUGGAUAUGUAGAUCCAGAGUAUUUUCAAUCAAGCCAGUUUACUGAUAAAAGUGAUGUUUACAGUUUUGGCGUAGUUCUCGCUGAAUUUUUAACUGGACAAAGGCCGAUUCUUUCAACCGAAUUUGCUGAAGAUAGAAGUUUGGCUUCUUAUUUUCUUCGUGCAAUGAAAGAAAAUUGACUAUUUGAUAUCCUUGAUGUUCGAGUUUCAAAAGAGGGUGAAAACGAAGAGAUUAUGAAUGUUGUUAAUCUUACAAGAAGAUGUUUGAAUUUAAAUGGAAAGAAGAGACCUACAAUGAGAGAAGUGGCAAUUGAAUUAGCGGGUAAUACUAGAGCGAGUGGAGCCUCAGGGGUGUAGCAAAACUACGAAGAGGAUGAUUUUGCCGAGUGUGAGACAACAGAUCACUAUGUAACUGGUUCAUCUUUCAGUACUGGAUCCUUUUUUGACGGUGUCACUUUAGAUGUUGACCCUCUUAUUUCCAAUUAAUGUUGAAUUAGUAAAUUUCUAAUAUUUCUACUAUA